AGCCUUCGUGAACGAUACUGUUAUUUUCAAAUUGAAACGAGUUGACUAAGCACAGUUGGUUCCGCAAAGAACAGUCAGCAUGGUCAGCAAAGAGGAAGUGACCCGCUGUUACGAUUUUGUUCUGAAACUCACCAUGGAAUCAGGAAAGGUAAUUCGUGACGCUAUUCAAGGAUGCAAGAAUAUAGAGACCAAAGGUGGAGACUGGGACUUGGUAACCCAGUAUGACAAACAAGUCGAAGAAAUUUUGAUGAGCAAUAUAUCAAAAGAAUUUCCACAACACAAAAUCAUCGGUGAAGAAACAGUUUCAUCGACAAAACAUCUACCAGAAUUAACGAACGAUCCAACAUGGAUCAUCGACCCCAUUGAUGGCACCACAAACUUUGUACACUCAUUUCCAUUCACCUGUAUAUCAAUCGCAUUAGUAGUGAAAAAGGAGAUAGAAAUUGGCAUUGUAUACAAUCCAAUCUUAGAACAAUUGUUCACUGCCAGAAAAGGUCGUGGUGCCUAUCUGAAUGGAAAGUCUAUCAAGAGCUCUAAUGUAGAAAAAUUAGAACACUCUCUGCUGUGCAUAGAAGCCUCAUAUGCAACGAUCGAGAAUAUUAGAGACAUUAUUUUAGGAAGAGCAGAAGCUUUCGUUUCAAUAGCUCAUGGAAUACGAACAAUGGGAUCAGCAGCACUAACACUUUGUUACAUAGCAAUGGGUGCAGCAGAAGCUUAUCACACUGAUAAUCUAAUGCCUUGGGAUGUGGCUGCUGGUGUGCUUAUCAUCAGAGAAGCGGGUGGUGUUGUAAUAGAUACGAAUGGAGGGGAAUUCAACAUUAUGUCGCCAAAAGUGAUAGCAGCUGGUAACAGCAAAUUGGCCAAUGAAUUAGUGAAAUUAAUUAAGAAUGCCGAUUCAAAGACGUUACAAAAGCGAAAUCACAAAUCAUUGAAAUGAACAGUAAUCGAGACUUAUGUAAAAUAAUUCACGUAACAAUAAGAUCCUAAAUGAUUUACGUGUUUGAGUUAAUUGUAUUUCUCAAAAUCAUUUUGUAAUCCUGAUGAUUCAUACGAACCAAGCAUCGUUAGACAAUUAAAUAAGUUUCCACGAAAAAUCAGAUUAUAGUGCUAAACAUGUGUCGGCCAGUUUCUUAUUAACAUUAAUUGCGUUAACUGCUGACUUCAAAGCUCGAUAAUAGAGUUUAGCACUAUAAGAGCUACGUGGAAACGUUGUAAAUAAUUUCGACGUUGUUUUACAUAAAAUCUGACAAAAUCGACAAUUGUAAAAUAAUGAAAAUUAAUAUAGUAUUAAGUGAUAAUAAAGGAUAUUUAAAUAUU